AUCAGCAUUUUCACUCCAUCUAAAAUAUACCCUAAUUUUACUCUGUAGACAAAGCCAUGGCUCCUUCAUUCUCGAUACAUUCUCCUUCACAGUAAUCCUUCGUCAGCAAUUCAGCAACUCUUUAUGGUGUACAUCUGUACCCAUAUUUUGUUCAAAACAACGUCAAAAAACCCUAACUUCACUGAUAUCUCGACACCCACAGCCCUCCCUGUGCUUAUCUAGUGCAGGAUAAGCAUGGAAUCAGCGACGAUUGAAACUACCGAUGGCGUGAAGCUUAGCGCUAGAAUCUUCAAGCCGGCCGACCCGAGAAUCAGCGACUACGUGGUUGUGUUAGUGCACCCCUUCACAGUUCUCGGUGGGUUUCAGGGGCUUCUUCGGGGGAUCGCAUCGGGACUCGCAGAUAAAGGGUUUCGCGCGGUGACAUUCGACAUGAGGGGCGCCGGUCGUUCCUCCGGCCGGCCAUCGUUCACCGGAUUUUCGGAGAUUGAGGACGUCGUCGCCGUGUGCAAGUGGGUUUCGGACACCCUUUCCCCUCGAGGUAUCGUUCUCGUGGGUUCUUCCGCAGGAGCUCCCAUUGCAGGAUCUGCAGUGGAUAAAAUCGAGCAAGUAGUGGGCUAUGUUAGCUUGGGCUACCCAUUCGGCUGGGCGGCAUCCAUCCUCUUUGGACGGCACCAUGAAUCGAUUCUUCGAUCUCAAAAGCCCAAACUAUUCGUAAUGGGAACCAAGGACGGAUUCACAAGUGUGAAACAACUCCAAAACAAGUUGAAAUCGGCCGCAGGCCGUGUCGAAACCCGUCUGCUCGAAGGAGUUGGCCAUUUCCAGAUGGAAGGGCCUGAUUAUGAUGCCCACAUGGUUGAUCUCAUCAGCCAGUUCAUUCAAUCCCUACAGUCUUAGUUUUAGUUUUAUGAAUGAAAUUAUGUAUGCAUAUGUCUAGGCCUUGAAUUUUUAUAUUUAUAUUUACAAUAUUUUGAUUUUAUAAAUUUAUACACGAAAAUAU